CGUCAUUGGAAAGAGACGGUGCCAGGGCAGUGACGUUACAUAGGAGCGCCGAGCAGCCUGGCUAGUGUUAGGAGUAUUGCGCUGAGCUCUGAGGACUUUUUCCACGCCCAUGUCCCUGUGGUCUCUGACCCGUGCUCUGGGCUCUCUGAGCCUGGCGCCCCCGGCCUUUACUGCACCCGUCCCUCGUCUGCUCCCUGCCGUCCAGGUGAUGAGCAAUGCUCUCCUCCAACUGCCCACUACGUUGAUGUUGUUCCCUUGCCGCCCACUCCUUACUUCUGUGGCCCUUAAUGCCAAGUCUGUGUCCUGGAAGAGUCGUACCAAGUACACCAUUAGACCAGUGAAGAUGAGAAAAUCUGGGGGUCGAGACCACACAGGACGCAUCAGAGUCCAUGGUAUUGGUGGGGGCCAUAAGCAGAGUUACCGCAUGAUUGACUUUCUGCGUUUCCGGCCAGAGGAGGAGGCCAAGGCAGGACCCUUUGAGGAGAAGGUUAUCGAAGUCCGCUAUGAUCCCUGUAGGUCUGCAGACAUAGCUCUGGUUGCUGGUGGCAGCCGGAAACGCUGGAUCAUUGCCACAGAAAACAUGAAGGCAGGAGAUAUUAUCCUGAACUCUAACCAUAUAGGCCGAAUGGCAGUUGCUGCUCGGGAAGGAGAUGCACAUCCUCUUGGGGCCCUGCCUGUGGGGACCCUCAUCAACAAUGUGGAAAGUGAACCUGGCCGAGGGGCCCAGUAUAUCCGAGCUGCAGGAACCUGUGGUGUGCUGCUGAGGAAGGUGAAUGGGACAGCCAUUAUCCAGCUGCCCUCGAAGAGGCAGAUGCAGGUGCUGGAUACAUGCGUGGCUACAGUGGGCCGAGUAUCCAACGUUGAUCAUGACCAACGAGUCAUUGGCAAAGCGGGUCGGAACCGCUGGCUGGGCAAGAGGCCUAACAGCGGCUGUGGCACCGCAAGGGGGGCUGGGCUGCCGCAAGAUUCGGCCACUGCCCCCUAUGAAGAGUUAUGUGAAGUUGCCCUCUGCUGCUGCCCAAAGUUGAUGACCCUGAACUGUAAUAAAAUGCCCCAUUUUUAUGUACUAUUUUUUUUGUCUGUUUUUGGAAGGGGUGUAGACUGGUUGCGGGUAAAAGGAGCACACACACAAGUACGGCGGGAAGAGAGGAAUGGGGCGCGGAGGCACAAACGACCUCCAAAUUCCCAGCUCCGAUUUAGGGAAGAGGGAAGGUACUUCCGGCGGCGGGAAGGAGGAUGGAGAGGAAGAGGAAAGGGCGGUGCCAAGGAGGAGGAGCCCGCGUCGCUGAGGUGGCAGCCGGCUCCGCCCCGUGCUCCUGGCCCCCUGCUUUCCGCUGAGUACAGCGGAAAUGAGCCGUGGGGCAGGGGGUGGAGCCCUCAAGCUGGGCCCAGUGCGGGCAAGGACCAGGGACCCCCCAGUCCCCAAGGCCGCCCGCCUGGCACAGUGACCCUGCCAGGGCCAGGUGCCAGGAUGGUGGGGGAACUCCGAUACAGAGAAUUCAGGGUGCCCCUGGGGCCUGGUUUGCAUGCCUAUCCUGAUGAGCUGAUCCGGCAGCGGGUGGGCCACGACGGGCACCCUGAGUACCAGAUCCGCUGGCUCAUCCUCAGGCGAGGAGAGGAUGGGGAAGGGGCCCCUGGCCAAGUGGACUGCAAGGCUGAGCACAUCCUGCUCUGGAUGUCUGAUGAUGAAAUCUAUGCCAACUGCCACAAGAUGCUGGGCGAGGAUGGCCAGGUCAUAAGGCCCUCCCAGAAGUCUGCAGCAGAGGCCGGGACCCUGGACAAAUCUGUGCUGGGGGAGAUGGAAACCGAUGUGAAGUCCCUGAUUCAGAGGGCCCUUCGGCAGCUAAAGGAGUGUGUGGGCACAGUCCCUCCUGCCCCUCUGCUCCACACCGUCCACGUGCUCAGCGCCUAUGCCAGCAUCGAGCCCCUCACUGGGGUCUUCAAAGACCCAAGGGUCCUGGACUUGCUCAUGCACAUGUUGAGUAGCCCGGAUUACCAGAUUCGCUGGAGUGCGGGACGGAUGAUACAGGCUCUGUCCUCACACGAUGCUGGGACCAGGACCCACAUCCUUCUGUCACUGAGCCAGCAAGAGGCCAUCGAGAAGCACCUGGAUUUUGACAGCCGCUGUGCCCUGCUGGCACUGUUUGCACAGGCCACGCUGGCUGAACACCCCAUGUCUUUUGAGGGCAUUCAGCUGCCACAGGUCCCAGGAAGGCUGCUUUUCUCCCUGGUAAAGCGGUAUUUGCAUGCCACCUUCCUCCUGGAUCAGCUGAACAGCAGUGCCCAGGAAUCAGGAGCCCCAGCGGAACUGACCGAGGAGAAAGGCCGACUGGAUCUGGAAUUCAGUAUGGCCAUGGGCACCCUGAUCUCAGAGCUGGUGCAGGCCAUGCAUUGGGACUGGGCCUCAAGCAGACCAGGGAGCUCGGCAAGGUCCCCCUGUUCCAUCUUCCAGCCUCAGCCAGCAGAUGCUAGCCGGAGGCUCCCACCCAGCCAGGCCCGGCACUCCUUCAGGAGAAGGUCAAGGCAGUUCCGAGCUCGAAUGGAGUUCGCAAGUGGCAAUACCUAUGCCUUAUACGUGCGGGACAUGCUGCAGCCAGGCAUGCGAGUGCGGAUGCUGGAUGAUUAUGAGGAGAUCAGUGCUGGAGAUGAGGGCGAGUUCCGGCAGAGCAAUAGUGGUGUUCCCCCUGCGCAGGUGUGGUGGGAGUCUACAGGCCGCACCUACUGGGUACAUUGGCACAUGCUGGAGAUCCUGGGCUUUGAGGAAGACGUUGAGGAUGUGGUGGAGGCUGCUAACCACCAGGGGGCAGUGGUCAGUGGAGCCCUGGGUGGAGUCCUGCCUUCCUGGCGCUGGAAGCCCAUGACUGAGCUGUAUGCUGUGCCUUAUGUGCUGCCUGAGGACGAGGACACAGAGGAGAGCGAGCACCUGAGCCAGGCUGAGUGGUGGGAGCUGCUGUUCUUCAUCAGGAAGCUGGAUGGGCCUGACCAUCAGGAGGUUCUCCAGAUGGUGCAGGAGAAUCUGGACAGGGAGCAUGUGCUGGACGAUGAGAUCCUGUCUGAACUGGCUGUGCCUGUGGAGUUAGCCUGCAAUCUGCUGGAGUCUCUGCCACAGAGACUGAACGACAGUGCCCUCAGGGAUCUGCUCAACUGCCGAGUCUACAGGAAGUACGGGCCCGAGGCCCCAGCCGGGCAGCCAGCCUGCCCACCCCUUCUCCAAGCCCAAGGCCAGGAAGAUGCAACCAGAGCAGAAGUUCUUUCUACAGAGAAAAAGCCCCACUCUCAGAGCCCUGGUGCAGCCCUGCGGCACCUGGCAGAGGGUUUGGGGCCUGCUGGGCAACUACUUGUGGACCUUGAGCGAGCCCUGGGCUGUGCUGGGCCCCAGGAUGGCGAGGUCAGGCCAUGCCUGCUACAGCUCCAGAGGCAGCCCCAGCCCUUCCUCGCCCUCCUGCGAAGCCUGGACACCCCGGCCACCAACAAGGCCCUGCACCUGGCAGCACUGAGAAUCCUGACGAAGCUGGUGGACUUCCCCGAGGCACUGCUGCUGCCCUGGCACGAGGCCAUGGACGCCUGCGUGGCCUGCCUGAAGUCCCCCAACACUGACUGUGAGGUGCUCCAGAAACUCAUCGUCUUUCUACACCGCCUGACCUCAGGGAGCAGAGACAAUGCCGUGGUGCUGAACCAGCUAGGAGCGCAGGAUGCCAUCUCCAAGGCCCUGGAGAAGCACCCAGGAAAGCUGGAGUCAGCUCCAGAGCUGCGGGAUGCCGUGUCCAAGUGCAAGAAGCACACGCAUCUCUACCGGAACCUCACCACCAACAUCCUGGGCGGCUGCAUCCAGAUGGUGCUGGGCCAGAUCGAAGACCACAGACGAACCCACCGGCCCAUCAACAUCCCAUUCUUUGAUGCGUUUCUCAGAUAUCUGUGCCAGGGCUCCAGUGUGGAUGUGAAGGAGGGCAAGUGCUGGGAGAAGGUGGAGGUGUCCUCCAACCCACACCGGGCCAGCAAGCUGACGGACCGCAACCCCAAGACCUACUGGGAGUCCAGUGGCAGCACCGGCUCCCACCACAUCACCUUGCACAUGCACCAGGGUGUCCUCAUCAGGCAGCUGACUCUGCUGGUGGCCAGAGAAGAUGCAAGCUACAUGCCAGCACUGGUGGCAGUGUAUGGGGGCAACACCACCAGCUCUCUUAACACGGAACUCAACUCAGUGAAUGUGAUGCCCUGUGCCAGCCGGGUGACCCUGUUGGAGAACCUGACCCACUUCUGGCCCAUCCUCCAAAUCCGCAUAAAGCGCUGUCAACAGGGUGGCAUUGACACACGCAUUCGGGGUGUGGAGGUCCUGGGCCCCAAGCCCACUUUCUGGCCAGCAUUCCGGGAGCAGCUGUGUCGCCACACACGUCUCUUCUACGUGGUUCGGGCACAGGCCUGGAGCCAGGACAUAGCUGAGGACCGCAGGAGCCUCCUGCACCUGAGUUCCAGACUCAAUGGGGCUCUACGCCAUGAGCAGAAUUUUGCUGAUCGCUUCCUCCCUGAUGAGGAGGCUUCCCGGGCACUGGGCAAGACCUGCUGGGAGGCCCUGGUCAGCCCCCUGGUGCAGAACAUCACCUCGCCUGAUGAGGAUGGCGUGAGUGCCCUGGGCUGGCUGUUGAACCAGUACCUGGAGUGUCGCGAGGCUGCCCACAACCCUCAGAGCCGCGCAGCUGCCUUCUCAUCACGUGUGCGUCGCCUUACCCACCUACUGGUGCACGUGGAGCCCUGCGAGCCGGCAGCCGCCCCUCGGCCCAAGGGUGGAAGCGGAAGCCAUGACUGGGGCUCCCCAACCACUUGGGGGCUCCCGGGCAGCAUCCUGAGGAACCUGACAUGCUGCUGGCGUGCUGUGGUGGAGGAGCAGGUGAAUGCCUUCCUGACCUCACACUGGCGAGAUGAUGACUUUGUCCAGCGCUAUUGUGAACGCUUCUACAACCUGCAGAAGUCUAGCUCGGAGCUGUUCGGGCCUCGGGCCGCCUUCCUGCUGGCACUGCAGAGCGGCUGUGCUGGGGCCCUGCUGCAGCUGCCUUUCCUCAGAGCUGCACAUGUGAGCGAGCAAUUUGCGCGGCACAUCGACCAGCGGAUCCAGGGCAGCCGGGUUGGGGGUGCCCAGGGCAUGGAGACGCUGGUGCAGCUGCAGAGGUCCCUGGAAGCGGCUCUUGUUUUCUCUGGCCUGGAAGUGGCCACCACUUUCGAGCAUUACUACCAGCACUACAUGGCUGACCGUCUCCUGAACUUGGGCUCCAGCUGGCUGGAGGGGGCCGUGCUGGAGCAGAUUGGCCUCUGCUUCCCCAACCGCCUCCCCCAGCUGAUGUUGCGGAGCCUUCGCACCUCAGAGGAGCUGCAGCGCCAGUUCCAUGUCUAUCAGCUGCAGCGUCUUGAUGAGGAACUGCUGAAGCUGGAAGACACAGAGAGGAAACUGCAGGUGGGCCGAGAGACCAGUGGCCAGGAGCCUGAGCACGAGCAGGAGGAGGACACAAGGGCAGCUGCAACUGCAGCCAUAGCAGAGGACGAGGAGGAAGAAAAUGAGGAUCUCUACUAUGAAGGGAUGAUGCCAAAAGUGUCUGUGCUCGUUCUGUCCCCACGCUGCUGGCCUGUUACCUCCAUAUGCCACACGUUGAACCCCAAAACCUGGCUGCCCUCCUACCUGAGGGGAACCUUGAACCGAUACUCCAACUUCUACCACAAGAGUCAGACCCAGCCUGCCCCAGAGGGAGGCCCACAUCGGCGGCUGCAGUGGACAUGGCUGGGCCGCGCCGAGGUGCAGUUUGGGGACCAGACCCUGCAUGUGUCCACUGUGCAGAUGUGGCUGCUGCUGAAUUUCAACAGUCUGAAGGUGGUGUCCGUGGAGAGCCUGCUGGUACACUCGGGGCUCCCCCCACACCUGCUACAUCGAGCGAUUGGGCCUCUCACAUCCACUCGAGGCCCCUUGGACCUGCGAGAGCAGGACAACAUCCCGGGAGGGGUGCUCAAGAUUCGAGAUGAUGAUGAGGAACCCAGACCGAGGUGGGGUAGCGUGUGGCUCAUCCCACCGCAGACAUACCUGGAGGCGGAGGAUGAAGAGGGCCACAGCCUGGAGAAGAGGCGGAACCUGCUGAAUUGCUUGGUUGUUCGGAUGCUCAAGCCCCAUGGCGAUGAGGGGCUGCACAUCGACCGGCUUGUCUGCCUGGUGCUGGAGGCUUGGCAAAAGGGCCCAUGCCCGCCCCAGGGUUUGAUCAGCAGCCUUGGCAGGGGUGCCACAUGCAGCAGCACUGAUGUCCUUUCCUCUAUCCUGCACUUGCUGAGCAAGGGCACGCUGAGACGCCACGACACCCGGCUGCAGGUGCUGUGCUACGCCGUCCCUGUGACCGUGGUGGAGCCCCACACCGAGUCCCUAAGUCCAGGCUCCUCAGGCCCCAACCCGCCCCUCACCUUCCACACUCUGCAGAUUCGCUCCAGGGGUGUCCCCUAUGCUUCCUGCACUGACACCCACAGCUUCUCCACCUUCCGGUAACCCUGGGCUGGGUUUUUUUGUGGAAAUAAAUCAAGGAGGAGUUUGA